AUGCUGGCCCCGCCGACGCUGGCCGCGCGCCUCAACCUCCCCCACUGCAUGAAGAUGGCCCUCAUCCACGACAUGGCCGAGUCGCUCGUCGGCGACAUCACCCCCGUCGAUCCGGUGUCCAAGGUCGAGAAGGCGCGGCGCGAGGCCGACGUGAUGGACUACAUCGCGAAGAACCUGCUCGGUGGCGUGCCCGGCGGCAUGCUGACCGGCCAGGAGAUCCUGAACGUGUUCCAGGAGUACGAGGAGAACAAGACGCUGGAGGCGCAGUUCGUGCAUGAUAUCGACAAGAUGGAGCUUCUCCUGCAGAUGGUGGAGUACGAGCGCGCCAAUUCCGUCGAUUUGUCCGAGUUUUGCCAUGUCGCGGGUCGCGUCCAGCUGCCUGAGGUGAAGGAAUGGGCUGCGACGGUGCUGCAGGAGCGGGAGGCGUUCUGGAAAAAGAAGACCGAGGAGAAGGAGGCAAAUGCAUGA